AUGCGAUCCCUUUUGGAGUUGCUGACCCCACCGGAGGGAACCUGCGAGGUACCGCGACGUGCUGGGAUCGAUCUGGGGAGCCGGCAGUUGGACACCGAGGCAUCGACGGGGCCUGUCUGGGCAGAGGUCGAGGAGCCCGAGCCCCUGACUGCAGACUCAUUCGAGAAGAAGACAAAAGCGGAGCCUCCCACCUUCAUCAGGCCGGGGCUGUUCAUCGGCUCCAUCUCUGCCGAGAGGGACCUGCACGUCCUGAGGAAGUAUGGCAUCACCCACGUCCUGCAGGUUGGAAUCAGCCUUCGCCCUAGGCAUGCCAGCAGCCUGGUGUAUGCAUCGGUGAAGUGCCCGGACUCGCGCAACUUCGACGUCUUCCACGCAAUGAUCCAGACCGGGGCACUCCAAUUUGUGGAGCAGGGCAGGAGGGCUGGGGGGGUGCUUGUGCACUGCGCGGCCGGCCGCAGCCGCAGCGCGACGGUGGUGGCGGCUCACCUGAUGCAGAAGGAACGCCUCAGCGCAGAAGAAGCAGUGGAUGACAUCCGCCAGAAGUGGUGGAUCUGUCCCAAUAUUGGCUUCCGCCAGCAGCUGGAGCUCUUUUUCAAGCUUGGCGCUGACAUCCGGCGCUGGCCGCAGCCCGAAUCCAGCACCUGGCCCAAGAGGGCAACGACGCCUGCCAAUUCGCCUGUAAGGCCGCAGACGCCCGCCCCACUGCAGCCGCAGCCAGUGCAGAUCCUCGAGCCAGUGCAAGCAGCCAAGCCGGUCCAGGCAGCAAAGCCCGCGCAGCCGAGGCCGGCCGCGCAGCAGCAGGCACCCGCCAAGGCUGCAGCUCAGCCCUGCAGCGCGUGGAUGGCCUUCGCCGACCUGGACGGCACCUACGCAGUCAAGCCCAAGCUGGAGCUGUCCGGGUUCCAGACAAUGUCUGCUCCGACCUCCCGGGGGGUCUCCCGGGACCCCUCCCCGGACCCGCGCGCAGCCGCAGGCCCCCUGGCGGUGGCGCCUGGGACCCCCCGUCAGGACCCCUCUCCGGUGUCAAGGCCCCCCCCGGCGACGGCGGCGGGGGCCCCCCGCCGGCCGGCCGGCCAGCGCGGUCGGGUCCCCUCCCCGGAGCCGGGGCCGCGCCGCGCGGCCGCAGGCGAUGCGGCUCGGCACCCGUCCCCGGCGCGCGCCCAGGUUGCAUACCGGGCCGUCUCUGCGCCGCGCCACUCGCGUCCAGACGCUGACGGCCCGUUCCAGUCGGUGUUUGUACCGCCGAGCAUGUGGCGCCGUCAGGACGGCUGGGACUUGCGCGCCGCGCUACUGUCGGCCGGCCUCUCAGCGGAUCGCAGCUCAAUUGACUGGGGCCGCCGCUUCUCAUUCUCCGAUUCCCCCGAGCUAUCGCCACUCAAGGCACCCAUUGUCCGAGCGUACUAA